UUCUGAUAAGCAUUAUAGUUAUUAUGCAAGACAAGAGGCGAAACAAAGAAAAGUUAUCCAUAACAGCGAUACAAAUAGUAACCUCCCCCCACACUCCCACCGAUAGUUGCGGUAUCGAUCCCUUGUUUACAACUUUUCGCAAUGUUUACAACGUAAGCAUACCGCCGAGGCUAGCUAAUUAGGAGAGAGUACCGAAAAAUGUGGAAGACGGCCCGCUGACCCAAGAACCCACCCACCCACGCACUAUCCACGUGGCGCCCAAAUGCUGCCCACAUACGAGAGGUUCAACGAUCCGAAGAGCGUCCUCUUCCGGCUGCCCUUCGCCCGGCUGGCCGUCGUGGCGCUCAGUCUGCCGCUGGGAGGAUUCCUCUUCUGUGUGGCCUGGUCGCUGGCCUUUGACUUUGUGCGGAGCACCUACACCCAUUGCGAUGUGGCCAACUACCUGCCCUCGGUGUCGGCGGCCAUCGGAAACUACGAGCCGCAGCGCACUGUCUGGCGGCUGGCCAUCUUUCUGCACCUCCCGCUUCGGUUGGCGGUGGCGAAGAUGUACUUGGAGCACUACCGCGAGCAUAUCAGGCGCAGCAGGAGACUGUUGGGCAUCCUGGCCUGCUUCCUGAACGUCGUGGAGGACCUGGCGCUCUUCUGCCUCUCCUUCUGGACGUCAGCGGACCACUAUGAGACUCACCGGAACGCAUUCGUGGUGUUCAUUGCCUGCUCCGAGUGCUACAUGCUGAUCUCGUACCUCCUCAACCGGAAUGCUCGCAAGGCGGUUCUGCUGCCCCACGAGGAGAAGUCCCUGCGGUACAAGAGGAAUCUGUUUCUGGUCAAUGUGCUGGCCUUUGGACUGGCAGGAUAUUGCUUCGUCCGGCACAACAACUACUGCGAGGCUGGGGUGUAUACCUUCUUCGCGCUGUUUGAGUACGUCGUGGUGCUGACCAAUAUGGGUUUCCACAUGACCUCGUACUGGGACUUCUACGCCCUCAACGUGGUGUGCGACGCUAAGCACGGACUCUACUUGUCGCAGCUGUAGAUCCUCCACAUCCUCCACCUUUCCAGCCAGUCGUCCCUAGUGCGACCCUCGGGUACUCUGUACAUACGCGGUAUUAGCUUAAGCUCAAAGUUUACUUAAUUUUACCAAAGGAAUUUAGUGCCGACACGGUAGGGAGACCGGCUCCACACGCUUUUUUGGCUCGAUAAGGCCUUGAAAUGGCUCCCACUUGAUUCUAUUUCCAACGUCAGUCUAUGAAUUUGUUCCAGCUUGCAAUGAGGCAUCCUCUUUGAGACGGGCCGCUUUCCAUCACGAUUUUAGUGCAUUAUUUAUACACAUGCUUUUAUUUAAGAAGGCUUUAAAUAUAAAACAUUUAAAUUUUAUACAAUUGCGAUUUGAAAUUUGCCA